UCAAACACAUUAAUGAGUGACGUCUAUAUAAAAUUUAUGCUGAUGUGACGAAGUUUGUUUAGCUUAUACAGACACGGAUAACCUUUUAUAUCUGAACUUGUCUAUUAUGCAAGAUCAUUUGAAGGAUGAACCUAAGAAUUUCUGGUCCUUUAUCCAUAGAAAAAACAACACAACUGGAAUACCUAACAAUAUGAUCUACAAUGAUGAGUCCAUUAACGAUCCCGAAGAUUUCUACCAACGGUGUUCUUCAAGGCUCUAACCUAGGACCCCUACUGCUCAUUCUCCUCGUCGAUGAUUUAUGUGUCUCUUU